UCCCAAGCCGCCCUCCAGGCUGCAGCCCUGCUCACCUGUCCUGCACCAUGGAUGCUGAGCCAAGCUUGCCACCCCUGCACUCUGUCCUUUGGACCCUGGGUACAUCCUCGCACCCACAUUUGUAGAUGUGCCAUGUGCAUCCUGCCCAGGAUUUUGGGGCUUCCCUGUGGGCCCUUCACCUGUUCCUCUUCUCUGCCAUGGGCACCCCAGCCCUGUGUCCCCUACCCUGGUAGAUGCCAGUCCCUGCCCCCUGGGCCCUAGAUACCCCUGCUGUCCCCCAGUCUCCUGCCCUGGGCACCCCCAUCCAAAGGGUAUAUUCAUUAUGCCUGGGGUGCCAGGGUUUGUGGGCCCUUCCCAAACUGCGCCCUCCAGGCCCUGCCCUUGCCUUUUGCAUGCCUCCCGGUUUGCAAACCUAAAGGCUCAAACUUCCUACCCUAGUCUCAGGGGUCACAGCCCAGAGGCUACUAGACUUUGGCCAUAGCCAAGUGCCUGGCUCCCUCUGGAAUCUUUAGAACCUUUUCCAUGCCCACCCCCAGGGCCGCAGGUUCUGGGCCCUGAUUUGCCUCCAGAUGCUAAAUGCCUGGAUCUCUUGGAGGCCAGAGGCCACCUGAGACCCUCGGAGGGCGAGUACGUGAGGAGCCUAGAUGCUGACACUGCCCCAUUUCACUCAGGCCUGGCUGGACACCCAGGGCUCAAACCUGGGCCACUUUGUGAAUGGGAAGUGGCUGAAACCUGAGGGCCGAGGGACCGUCAGCUGUAGGGACCCAUGUUCAGGCGAGAUCCUGGCCAGCUGCUUCCAGGCCCAGAACGAAGAUGUGGCUUUGGCCGUGGACGUGGCUCAGCAAGCUUUUGGAGGGUGGAGCCAGCUCCCUGGGGCCACUCGUGCCCAGCACCUGAUCAGGCUGGCAGAGACAAUCCAUAAGCAUCAGAAGCUUCUGUGGAUUCUUGAGGCGCUGGCAUCGGGCCGCGUGGUGCGUGAGGUCCGGGAUGGGGACAUUCCUCUGGCCUGUCAGCUGCUACAGUACCACGCGUGCUGGGCCCAGACCCAGGAGCAGACCCUGGCAGGAUGGGAGCCCAUGGGAGUGGUAGCCGUCAUCCUCCCGCCAACGUUCUCCUUUGUUGAGAUGAUGUGGAGAAUCUGCCCGGCCCUGGCCGUGGGUUGUACUGUGGUGGUCCUUGGAGGCCCAGCCUCUCUGACUUCACUCCUUGUGGCCCAGCUGAGCGAGGAGGCUGGGCUGCCCCCAGGGGUCCUCAAUGUGGUCAUGGGAGCCACCUCCUUAGGCACCUUGCUCCCCACCCUGCCUGGCAUUGCCAAGAUCACCUUCUGUGGGACUGUGGAGGAAGGCAAGGCCCUGCGUAGGGCACUAGCUGGUAGCAGUGCUGACCUCUCCCUGAGCCUGGGCACGGAGUCUCUGCUGGUGAUCACAGACACAGCCGAUCUGGACUCAGCGGUGGAAGGGGUGGUAGAUGCAGUCUGGUCUGACCGCAGCCCGGGUGGGCUGCGGCUGCUGGUGCAGGCGUGUGAGUGGGAACGGAUCCUGGAGCGGCUCAAGGCCCGCAUGCGUGGGGUGCGUGAAGGCCAGAGCUUGGACUGGGCCGUGGACAUGGGCACACCUGGAGUCUCUGCCUGGGAAAAAGCCCAGAAAUACGUUCAGGAAGCCCAGAGCCAGGGGGCGCAGAUAUUCCAAACUGGAAACGUCCCCCGAGACAGCCCGUUCUUUCCCCCAACGCUGAUCCUGGGUCUGGCCCCAGCAAGCCCAUGUACCCAGGCAGAGGUGCCGUGGCCUGUGGUUGUGAUCUCCCCGUUCCGCACAGCAAAGGAGGCUCUGACUAUGGUCAAUGGCACCCCUCGAGGGGGCAGUGCCAGCGUGUGGAGUGAGCGGCUCACAUUGGCCUUGGACCUGGCCUAUAAGCUCCAGAUGGGCACUGUUUGGAUCAACGCCCACGGACUCAAGGACGCAGGCGCCCCCGUGGGUGGCUGCAAGGAGAACGGGUCAUCCUGGCAUGGGGGCCCUGAUGGCCUCUAUGAGUACCUCCGCCCUGUGAACCUCCCACCCCAGGCUGGGCCCUCGGAGAGUGUUGACUAUGACAAGUUUGGCCUGUCUGCCCCACCUGUCCUGCCAUCUGGCCCUGACAACUCCUCCCCCAGCACGACUGCCCCAUAUGGAGUCUUUUUGGCCGGCCGCUUCCAGAAUCCUGCCAGCCGCAGCUCAAGGCCCAUCCUGGGCUCCGAUGGGAAUGUCUGUGUACACGUGGCAGAGGGCAGUGCCAAGGACAUCCGAGUGGCCGUGGAAGCGGCACACCAGGCAGCAGCUCUCUGGGCCAGUCGGGUGCCAGGGAGCCGGGCAUCAACCCUGUGGGCGCUGGCUGAUGCGUUGUCCCAGAGGAGCCAGGCACUGGCAGAACAGCUCACAGAGGUGACGGGCGUUGACCUUGCGGGCGCUCGGACUGAAGUGGUGCUGAGUGCUGCCCGGCUGCGAGCCUGGGGAGCGCAGGUCCAUGCCCGAGGAGCCGGCCUGCACAGCGCUGGGCACCAGGGGCCUUUUCUACGCCUUCGAGAGGCCCUGGGAGUGCUGGGCAUCGUCUGCCCGGAGGAGCGGCCUCUGCUCGCCUUUGUGUCCCUCCUGGCCCCAGCCUUGGCCUACGGCAAUGCCGUCAUCGUGGUGCCCAGUGGGGCCUGUCCACUGCCGGCCCUCCAGCUCUGCCAGGACAUGGCCUGCCUGCUCCCACCUGGCCUAGUGAACGUGGUGACCGGCGACCGGGACCAUCUCACCCGUUGUCUGGCCCUUCAUCAGGAUGUACCCGCUCUGUGGUAUUUUGGCUCUGCCCAGGGCUCCCGGUUUGUGGAAUGGGCUUCAGCUGGGAACCUAAAGGCCAUAUGGGUGAACAAGGGUCAGAGCCGAUCCUGGGACCAAGAGACAGAGGGGGCCGGACCCGAGAUGUGCCUUCGGGCGGCCCGCACUAAGGCUCUCUGGCUGUCUUUGGGAGACAUCUGAGCCCCCCGCCCCCACCCCCUGCCUUAGUCCUGCAACCCAUGGCUGCUGGGCACCUGGAAGGACUGAGCCAAAAAGACCCACGGAGCCCCGACUUGGCCCCUCAUUGUGGUUCUCACCUGAAUAAACGAUCUGACGUACAUCCA